GCGGCCGAGCCCGCCGCCCGGGCCAUGUCGGCGCCGGAGCUCAUUGAGCUGCGGGACCUGGGCCCCGCGCGCCGCACCCGCCUGGAGCGCGCCAACGCGCUGCGCAUCUCGCCCGGCCCCGCGCGCAGCCCGGCCAGACCGCCGGCCCCGGGCCGCGGCCACCGCUUCCAGCCCGCGGCGCCCGCCACGCACACGUGGUGCGACCUGUGCGGGGACUUCAUCUGGGGCGUCGUGCGCAAGGGCCUGCAGUGCGCGCACUGCAAGUUCACCUGCCACUACCGCUGCCGCGCGCUCGUCUGCCUGGACUGCUGCGGCCCGCGGGACCUGGGCUGGGAGCCGGCGCUGGAGCGGGACACCAACGUGGAUGAGCUCGUGCAGUGGGAGACACCUGACCUCUCUCAGGCUGAGAUUGAGCAGAAGAUCAAGGAGUACAAUGGCCAGAUCAACAGCAACCUCUUCAUGAGCCUGAACAAGGAUGGCUCCUACACGGGCUUCAUCAAGGUGCAGCUGAAGCUGGUGCGGCCGGUCUCGGUGCCGGCCAGCAGGAAGCCUCCCAGCCUGCAGGACGCCCGGCGGGGCCCGGCGCGCAGCGCGGCCGUGAGGCGCCGCACCUCCUUCUACCUGCCCAAGGACGCCGUCAAGCACCUGCACGUGCUGUCCCGCACGCGGGCGCGCGAGGUCAUCGAGGCGCUGCUGCGCAAGUUCUCGGUGGUGGACGACCCCCGCAAGUUCGCGCUCUUCGAGCGGGCGGAGCGCCACGGCCAAGUGUACCUCCGGAAGCUGUCAGAUGACGAGCAGCCCCUGCAGCUGCGGCUCCUCGCCGGGCCCAGCGAGAAGGCCCUGAGCUUCGUGCUGAAGGAGAAUGACUCUGGGGAGGUGAACUGGGAUGCCUUCAGCAUGCCGGAGCUCCACAACUUCCUGCGCAUCCUGCAGCGGGAGGAAGAGGAGCACCUGCGCCAGAUCCAGCACAAGUACUCCCGGUGCCGCCAGAAGCUCCAGGAGGCCCUGCACGCCUGUCCCCUGGGGUGACCUCGCCCCCUGGUGGAAGGAGGAGCGCAGGCAGCACAGGGGUGUGCCGUGUGAGUGUGACGGGGCCUGUGAGGUCUGAGGAAUGAGUGUGCGUGGAGGCCCUCGUCGGCUGGCGGAUGAACCCAGAGAACAGCAAAGGAGCAGCUCCCGUGUCCACCCUGCGCCAAGGAGCGCAGGACCAGCACCUGCCCGUCGCGUGCGGAGUCCUGGCACAGGGCUUCCCUGGGAAGCUGCUCCAGGCUUGCAGCAAGGGUAGCGCAGACAGAAGUCUCCUUAGUUUGUGUCUCGGACACGAGGAUCUGGGAGACCCAGCAAACAGAUGGGGUCAUGUUUGCAGGGAAGAGGACUCACCUGUGGGGAAGGGUGGUGUGUCUCGGAUGGGGUCUCAGGACAGCCCUGUGGAAGCCGAUGGUGGGUGCUCAGUGUAAGGCAGGCAUCGAGGAAGAAGCAGGGCUCCCUCCAGUGCCUCUGGAGUCGGCGUGCCGGCCGCCACUGCAGCAACAGUGCCUCUGCCUCCUCCGAGGGGGUGUCCUGGCUGGGGCCUGUGGGCACUGGCUCAGGUCCAUGCCUUGUUUGCCAAUCAAAGCCAGGGUCUUUACGUGGAGUAUUUUGAUGAUGUGUGCGAAUGUAUAUUUUGUGGCCUCAGCUCAGUGCCUCCUGGGGGAAAGGGGUGGGAAUGACGUCAUCAGGGCCGGGGGCUGGGGAAAACUUGGCUGAAUAAAGAUUCAAGAAUC